UUAAAGUUAAAUUCAAGAUGGCUUGCCAUGAACAACAUUUUGGAAACGUUUCGAUGGAUAAAAAACGUGUAUGUCCAAGGAAUGCAUUAGAUAGGGUUCAGUAUUUAAAAAAAGUACAAUAUAUAAGAAAAUGGAUGAAAGACAUUGGUGGUUUGCGACGAAAUUGCAAGAAACUUUCCAUAUCGGAGCUCACGACAGCCCGACCAUGCUUGAAGAUUUCAUGGCCGAACAAACCACUUUGGACAGCAUAAACGACUUUUUGGCGAUUGGAGGACAUACUAAACUGUUUUUCUACUGUCAAAAACCCUCGCAAAGUGCCAAUGUUGUGAGAAAAAUGUCUGUGACAAAUACAACAGCGAAACUUCGCGACGUGUUAAACGAAGACUCGAUUUGUCUGUACUUUCUUCGCUCGUGUGCGGACCAUGUUAUCGAGUCGUGUCGUGUAGAGAAAGAAGUAUUUUGUGGCGAGAUAAAGGAGAGUCCACUUCUUACGCUUAACUUACUUGUUGGCGAUAUUUUUGUUCCCAUGUUGCGCGCUCGAGGAAAUUGGGAGUGCACUGAAGAAAGUACAUCAAAUUUCUUCACACAAUUUGACAAACUUGUUUCGAAUUUGAACGAAUAUGCUUCAGCGUCAGUUGCCCCGCAGCCGAUACUAAAGCGUACAGGAGUACAAAUUAGCAAUGACUUCAAGCAAAAUCGGGCUGCUGCAGUCAAUCCAUUGGUCUUGGCUGAGUACGAGGCUUUGGUAAAUGAUUGGAUUCACACAGUUGAAAUAAUUAUGUGUGGUGGAAUUGAUGAAAAGCCUAUAGAUGGGGCACAAGGUCCUCUAAGUGAGUCUCAAUUAUGGCAUCGCCAUCAGAAACAAUUAAUUGGUAUCACAGAGCAGCUCAAGAGCAAGGAAUGCAAAGGUGUAAUAUCUAUAUUGAUAGCUGGCAAAUCAAGAAUAUUAAAAAAAUGGAAAUCUAUUGAUGCAAGCAUUACAGAUGCAUUUAAUGAAACAAAGGACAAAGUCAAAUACUUGGAUGCGCUCAAGAGAUUUUUCGAUCAGCUAUAUCUCCCUAAUCCAAAUGUUUCAAUCCUAUCUAACUCAGUCCUACCUGGUUUGAUGUCAUGCAUUCGACAAAUGGAUGCUAUAUCGCGGCAUUAUUGUCGUAAUGGAUAUCUUGGAACGUUGUUUUCAAAGAUAACCAACCAAAUUGUGUGGGUGUUAACAAUUUAUCUUAGGGCAUCUAUCACAAGAGAUGAUGAGGAUACAUUAUGGAAAGUGAUAGAUAAUGAAGUUGAGGAUAUAAAUGCUAGCCAAGUAGCGAUAGCUGCAGCCAAGAUUAGAAGCAAGAAAAAAAUGGCUGAUGUAACGAAUCCAAUCCAAGAACAGAAUACCAGUUUCUCCUCGCGCCUGAACUCGUGCCUUCUGCUGCAGAAACAAUACCGUGACAUGUUUAGAACACUGCGCGAUACGCUGGGCGCUGUAAGUAGUGGUCACUCCUCUUUUGUACUUGCACCAGGCUCCAGUGCUGUUCAACACGUUGCGAAGAAGCGUUCAAUUCUCUACCCCGGUUACAAGGCGAAUUCGCAGACGAAUGCUCAACGACUUCCGUCCAAUACGUCAACUCUAGGCAACAGACUUAGAGAUUCGGACUGUCCUAGUAUGCAAAGUUCAUUUGGAGUUUCUCUGUUUGAUGAAGAAACCAUAUUUGCGACAAUGGAAAUGUUGUGUUCACGUGUUCGAAAUAUGCUGGACAUCAUUAAUUCCCUUGCUCAGUUCUCCAAGCUGUGCAACGCUGUGAGUGAUCUACCACGUCUCUCCCACAAGGACACAAAGCAAGAAGAGGGAGUUGUUGAGGAUAAUGAAGAUGACGACGACUAUGAACAUUCCGAUUCACUGCGUACGACCUCCGACCUCAGUAUUGAUGAAGAAGAGGAAGUGAUGAGUGAAGAUUCACCAAGUUUAUCACGUGAACUGUCCGUCAUGCUACAGGAUAUAAGGGAGUCAUUGGUUGAAUCCAUAUCCACACAUAGUUUUCUGAACAUCCUUGGUAAAGAUCGUGAGAAAUUUGAACUUGCUUUCUCUGAAUACGUCAACAAAGUUAAUAAGAUAGAAAGCAUCGUAUGCCAGUAUCUCGAUAGAAUUUUUGCAUUGAAGCCAAACGUUGAAAGAUCUUUGCAAAUUUUAUCCCGAUUCGAGCAUGUCGCUAACCGUCCGGGAUUAAGGGCAAUACUCUCCGAGAAAUAUAGUGCUGUGUUUUCAAACUUUGAAGAUGUUCUCGAAGAUGUUCAAAAUCUGUAUGAAACAAAUAAGGAAAAUCCUCCAAUUUUUCGAAAUGCUCCCGUGGUGUCCGGGGCCAUUUCUUGGUCACGUAGUUUGUUGAGGAAGAUCGAAGAACCGAUGAAGAUAUUUAAAGAAAACAAGUUCAUUACUUCUUUGCGUGACUUUGGUCGAAUUGUGAAAUUCUACAAUCGGAUAGCAACUGCGUUGGUGAAGUUUGAAAGUCUUUGGUUGAGCAUGUGGAAGUCACGAAUUGACAGCGCUAAAGUGGCAUUGAAGUUACCGCUUCUUACUCGUCAUCUUGAUACGAAAGAACUCGUUGUGAAUGCUGAUGACAGAAUCGUUGAACUCAUACAGGAUUGUAAGGUUUUGGGAAGGUUCGGAAUAUUGCUGCCAGAAAAUGCUAUGGAAGUCUUUCGUCAGGAAAGUCGUUUCAAGAAUUACAAGCAACACUUGGAAUGUCUCCUGAAGGACUACUCCACCAUUUGUGCUAUGGUAAUUCAGCCUUUACAGAAGCUAUUGCUACCGCAUAUGGAGUCCGUUGUUCAAUACCUACAGCCCGGACUAUCAACUCUCGCGUGGAACAGUAUGAACAUUGAUGCCUUCUUACAUCAAGUACGCCUCGCCAACGGACGACUUCGCACUGUCGUUGAAAGUGUAAACAAGGUUGUCGUGGAUGGAAUUUACCAAACUGUUGCAAUGUUAGAGAAGAGUAUAUUGUUUGAUGUUGACCUGGCAUUUGAGAAACGAUGGCGACCUGACGAAUUUCUUGAUGAAUUUCGAAAAAACAUACAAGAAAAGAAGAAAAAUAUUUUGUCGAUGUUGAAAAGUGUUGAUAACUCAGUUCAAGAAGUUAUAAACCUAGCAGCAUACCAUCGCUCAAUGUCGCCUUUGUCUCCAACGCAAACUCCGAGGCACAUUAAUUCCCCCAGGUCUCUUCAUGCUAGUGUCCGGCCUGGUACACGUGUUAGUGGUGUGACUGAAGAGAACAUCGUCGCCGAGAUUUACACGCAUUUUUCUGGCUUAUCUCACGACGCUUUACUUCGGUGUAUACAAAGAUCGCUUGAAAUCUUUUAUCGUUCUGUGUGUCCACCGGAUUUGAUCAGGGAUUUGGAAAAGUGCUGUGACAGCACCUCUCGUCCAUCAUCGGCUGCGUCGUCUUCAUUGUCAUCUUCAUCAGAAUGGGCAGUACUUCAUACUUCAUCUCAGUUACUCCAGUUUGAAGUUGAGGUCAAAUUCGACAUUCCUUAUAUAGUGAUCGCGCCCACAUUAAACGUAGUUCAAUCUGCUAUUGAUGAUGUCGUUCAAUGCUUGCUCGAGGUUUACAAAGACAUUAAGACACGAGCUAUUGACCCCAAAGAAACAUUAUAUCAGUCAAUUAUAGAAGACACCAAAGUCAGCACUAUAGUGAGAUACAUUUCGGAUGUUGUUACAUGCCUUCGAACACCUGUUGAUCGACAAGUUUGUUUUCAUCGAUAUGACUUUCUUUGGAAAGAAGACAUGCACGCUUUGUAUCAAGCGUUUGUCGAUACUGAGCCCAGUCCAGACUCGUUUUCCAGCGAAGUAGAUCGCUUGCAAAGCAUUGAAAAGGAAAUCCUCUCUGUGCCUGAUGUUCUCACUGUUGGAUCGGUGUGUUUAAAUACCACUCCAAUCAAGGAUGCACUUCAUGCGUUUUCUGUUACAUGGAAAACGAAAUACUCGACUGAACUCCACGAAACUGCAAGGAUUGAUCUACAGCAGUUGAUAGAAUAUCGUCAAAAAAUGCAAGAACGUUUGUCUCAUAAGGUCGUAACGUUGGAGAACUUGAAUGAAACUAUAAAAAUGCUUCAAGAACUCAGCGAUAAAGAUAAUGUGAUUGAUGAAGUUUAUCUGCCAGUUGAGAAGAGAUAUAUUAUGCUAAGAAAGUAUGAGCUGUCAUUGCCUAGGAAAGAAGUGGAAGAAGUGAAUAGUUUGAGAGAAACCUGGAAGAAUCUGAUGGAUCUUGCCGAUAGGGUUCAAAAUGAACUUAUGGUGGAGAAAAGAAAUAUAUUUGAACAGGAAUUGGAUAAAGAAGUCAAACGUUUCGUGGUUGACGUAAUACAGUUUCGUAACAGUUUUGACUCGCAAGGUCCUGGUAUACCGGGAGUGCAGCCAGCUGAUGCUGUUGAAAAGUUGGCUAGAUUCCAAAGUGCUUAUUCCGAAUAUGAAGCCAAAAGGAAAAUACUUGAUGCUGUUCAAUUGUUGUUUGGUCUCACUCCAACUCAAUAUCCUGAACUUGAUAGAACUGGCGAGGAGCUGGUACUUUUAGGCCUCAUGUAUGGAUUGUUUCAACAGUACAUUUCCUUUGACGAAAGGUUCCGUGAAAAACUGUGGGCAGAAGUCAACUUGAUUAGUGCAAACCUUGAAUUGGAGGAAUAUUGGCAACAAUGCUCAGAUUUACCCGAAAGGAUUAAAGAAUGGACUGCUUGCAAGAACAUGAAGUCAUACAUCAAACAUUAUCUUGAUGUCUUUCCCAUACUACAUAAACUCGCCUCGAAAGAGAUUCGCAAUCGUCAUUGGCUUCAAGUGAUGAAUGUGACUGGCUCAUCGUUUCAACUUGAAGCAAACGUGUUUAAGCUGAAGAACCUUCUUGAUAUUGAUCUAAUCCAGCAUGGCGAUGAAAUUCAAGGUAUCUGUAAUAGUGCAAGUCGUGAACUGGAGCUUGAGGUGAAAAUGAGAAACACUGAAGAGGAAUGGACGGAACAGGUUUUGCAGUUCGAAAAGUUUAAAGAUAGCACGGCGUACUGCUUGAAUAAUCAACACACUCAAAAUUUACUUGAGCUGCUUGAAGAUGCCCAGAGUACACUGGCAAUGAUGUUGACAUCAAAAUACAUAGGACCGUUACAGCAUGAAGCUGCUAUUUGGGCGAUGAAACUGAAAGAGAUUAGCGAAGUUCUUGAACUGUGGCUUGCCGUCCAAGAUUUUUGGCGAUAUCUCGAAGCUGUCUUCAGUCAUCCUGUUGCUGUUAAGGAAUUACCUCAGGAGUAUGCCCGGUUUGCAAAAGUUGACAAAAGUUACAUGAGAAUGACAAAGCGGGCUCUUGAUACCAAAAAUGUUUUACAGUGUUGUGUUGGUGGUGAUGUGCCCAAGUUACAAGUAUUGAAACAUCUCAACGAAGAAUUGGAGAUUUGCUUCAAGUCACUUUACCCUUAUCUGAACGAAAGACGAAAGACGUUUCCGAGGUUAUAUUUUGUAUCAGAUCUUACUUUACUGGCUAUUCUGAGUCAACCAUUUGUCUUCAAUUCUGUCAAACCUCAUCUAAAAUCAUUGUUUGUGGGUUUCACUGACGUAACAGUUACUCCACGACCAGACUUGCCCAGACUUUCCUGGAAUGUUCUUGCAAUGAACAUAAAGAAGACAACAAAGGAUGAAGAUGAUCAAUUAUCCAACCAUAUUAUACCACCAUUCAAAAGGUUGUCGCAAGCUACGCAUUCAGAACAUGACUUGGGACGUGUUAUUAGUGGAAAUUUUUCCAAUUGUUUUUCAACGUCUUCUAAUAUCGGAUGGAAAGUUGUAUUUAAUGAUGCUGUUGCUGUUGUCACAGAAGAGGGAGAGAGUUUUCCGUUGAAGAAAGAGGUUUUUCUUAAUGGUGAUGUGGAAGUAUGGUUAGCGGAUUUAUCGUCGGUUCUUCAGGAAUCAGUUCAUGAUGCUAUUUGUAGUGCUGUGGAGGAGGCAAAGACAGCAAACUACAUUGAUGAUAUUGCACAUAAGUAUCCAUCUCAAGUUGCUUACCUUGGAUUGCUGUACAUGUGGACUAGAGAAUGUGAAAUGGGAAUUUCUGACUUUCGUAUUGAUAGAAAAGCCCUACCAAAUGCAGUCCGACGUUUCUGGGGCGUUCUUAGUCGAGUGCCAAUGAUUCUUGUUAAAGGAUGUUGGAAGAAUGUUGAGCAAAACUUGAAUUCAGCUGGUCAAUUGAAGCUUGAAGCCUUAUUAUCUUAUGGAAUGCAUUUAAGAGAUUUACUUGACGAUCUGAGCAAACGGAAAUUAAGGGAUGUUAAUGAUUUCGAAUGGAAAAGAAACAUAAGAUUCUAUGGGAAUGUCUGUGAAAGUGGACGAAGUAAGAAACCUCAUGUGCGGCUACAUGUUAUGGAAUACAUCUUAGAUUACGGCAAUGAGUUUUAUGGAUCAAGUGUGCCAAUCUUCCUUACUCCAGUCACAGAAAAAUGCUUCCUUAAAGUGUUCAAGGCAAUUACAGAUUUCCAAUGUACAGCUCUUACUGGAGAAUGUGGCAUUGGCAAAACAGCCACAGCUAAGGGUGUCGCUCAUAUGUUGGGACGAUACUUCGUGAGUUUAAGUUGUACACCAAAGAUGGAUUGUGAUCAUCUUGGUAAAAUCUUUACAGGUCUUGCUCAGGAAGGCUGUUGGGGUAUUUUAGAUGAGUUUCAUCGUGCGUCUCCUGCUGUGGUUGCCGUCAUUUUUCAUUAUGUACAAGUUAUUGUUGAUGCAAUCAAAAUUGGUCGUCCUUCAUGUUUUCUCGAUGAAGGAAAAGAGAUCCGCGUCAAGCCCACAUUCAACUUGAUAGUCACAGCAACGUUUCCUUGCCAACAUUUUAUCACAGAACUAAAAGCGUAUUUUCGAACUGUUGCAAUGGUCAUACCAGAUAUGUCCCUUAUCUUGCGUGCUCAUUGCGCAGGUCAAGGAUUGAAGUCGCCCAAAGUGCUUGCCGAUAGAUUGACCAUGGUUGCAAGAAUCUGCCAAGGACAGUUAAAUGCUUCUUCAUCAAAGGCGUUUAACUUGUGUACCUUGACAAAGGUGAUCAAAACUCUAGGAAAGAUUCGUCGAACACAGGGUACCGUUGGUCAAAGCAAGCUUAACAUGAUAGCAUCUGAUAAUGUAACCAGGCCAACUAGCAACUCGUCUGUGUUGCGAUCUUCGAAAGUUACUGGUACUGAAAAGACGGAAAAAAAGCUCAGUUCACCUUCUGGCUUGACUCCUGCAGUAAAACUGGAUCAUUCUUUUGCAAUAGAAGUCUUACAGCAUUAUAUUGGUCCUCGCUUGUCAGAAGAGGAACUCGGGGCUUUCAGUAGUGUUGUUCGAGAUGUUUUUAACGGACUUCCUCGUGUACCAAAUGCUACUGAUAGUCACGCUAUUAAGGAGAGAAACUUUGAAUCACUAUUGUCAAAAUAUGCGUCGGAUAACAAUCUUGUAUCGCGACAACAAUGGAUCGAUAAAGUCAUGCAGCUGUAUCAUCUUUCCGAAAACUAUAAAGGAAUCGUUGUUGCAGGAAGCCCAGGUAGUGGUAAAACCUCGUGUAUUACGUCAAUGGUGGAGACUCUCGGCCAAUCAGCUAUCGCAAAACAUGACAGCGCUGGAACUCAGGUCCACACGCACAAACUUCAGCGUAUCAACCCACUUGCAGUUUCUGAUCUCUCGCUUGUGUUUGGAAAACUUUGCCCGAAUGGUGACUGGAUAGAUGGUAUAUUUACGUAUUACUGGAGAAAGGCAAACAAACAACAUCAUGUCCAUGAAACAACCACUUGGUUAUGUCUUGAUGGACCUUUACAUGAGAGUUGGGCAGAAAAUCUCUCCAGUGUUUUGGAUAGUGGCAAGUACUUAAUUUUGGAUAAUGGCGAACGCCUCCAUUUAGCCGAGGAUGUAAAAAUUAUUUUUGAAACGGAUGAUUUGGAAAAUGCCUCGCCAGCUAUACUUUCGAGAACGGCUAUGGUUUACAUGGAUGAUGAUGUGUUGGGUUGGCAACCUUUGGCUGAAGCAUGGCUAAAAGAAAGAAGCUCGCCAUUCGAGCGAAAGUGUCUGCAGAAAAUUUUUAACUACACGCUUGACGCUAUAACGCAAUUUGUACAGAACGAUGCCAAGCCUAUUAUGAAUAUAUGCGAAGGAGGAUUGUUUACAACAUGCUUGACUUUGCUGGAUGCUCUUUUACAUAAUAACACUGAUGUGACUGGAGAACUGCACAUCGAGAGGAUAUUUCUGUUCUCGUUGAUUUGGUCGUUUGGUGUUUUAUUGGACGAUCAUGAUAGAAGAAAAUUUAGCGACUUGCUUCUGACACUUACAACAGGCAGCCUCCCUGAUUACGAUCAAUCUACCUCAGUUUUUGAUUACUACCUGGACGAAUCAGGAGAGUGGGAAUCGUGGAAAUCAAGAGUGCCGGAUGAAAGUUAUUUUGAUGCUGCCGAUUUUCUUGGUGAUGUCUUUGUGGAAACGGAGGAAACGGUUCGACUCCGUUUUUUAAUGGAACUGGUUAAAUUGUCCGGUCGGAAUAUUCUUCUCGUUGGGCCUCAUAGCUCUGGAAAAUCUUCUUUGAUAAAUGAUUUUCUGGACAAGCAAGUUGUUGAAGAUAAGAUGUUGAUGGUUCGUCGUUUUGUUUACUCCAGCUAUUCAACUGCGUCAUCGUUACAACGUUUUAUCGAGAGUAACAUCCAUCAUAGGCAAGGUUAUGAUUAUGGUGCUCGUGGUGGCAAAUCUUUAGAUGUUUUUAUAGAAGAUCUGAACGUACCCGAUGUCAACAUUUACGGAGUCCAGGAAAUAAAUGAGCUUCUAAGACAACUACUGGACACUCGAGCUUUGUACGAGCUUCAAAAACCUUUUGAAUGGAGAAUACUUGAAGAUUUGCUUGUUAUUGCAACAAUGUCAACUUCGUUCAAACAACCUGCUGUCGGUUGGUCAACGUCCAUUUCAAAUAGACUAAAGCGCCAUUUUGCGGCAUUUUAUUUGCCAAAUCCUUCUGCGAAGACAUUGUUCAGCAUAGUGACAAGUGUAUUAGAGGGCAACAUGUCACAUAACGAUGGAAUUGGUUUGCCACACGAACUUCACGAGAAAAUUACCAAAGCGACCUGCUCGUUGAUAGAAAGCGUUCAACAUGUGUUAAAAACCUCACCAACACCUGGUCGUGCUCACUAUUAUUUUAAUCUUCGUGAUGUUGCACGAGUCUUUCAGGGUUUGAAAAAUUCUCCCGAGGAAAUGAGGCCAGACGAAGAUUUUAUUGUAGCGUUGUGGAAACACGAGUUGCAACGUGUCUUUGCUGAUCGCAUAAGCCGUUCUGAGGACCUCUCUUGGUUUGAACGUGAAGUUAAGAAUAUUACUAGACUGUAUUUUCCUGAGAAGUUGGCCAAUUGUUCAACACAGAUGUUUGUUACCUUUAAUCUUGAUACAAAGGAGUUUUACGCUGGCAGAGCAGUUGCUUCUUCAAAGACCAUACCCAAGUUACAUCAUCAGUCAGUCGCUAGCUAUGCUGAGGUUAUUCCAUGUUUGGAAAUGCAUCUUGAACGUUACAAUGAUGAAUAUUCUACAUCUCCUCUUUCACUUGUGCUUUCUGAAGACGUGAUCUCACAUAUUGUUCGUAUACAUCGCAUCCUUAGUAUAAGGAACUUUGGCAAUUUAUUGUUGAUUGGCCCACUUGGCUCACGGCUUUCUGAUCUAGCAGCAAUGGCACUUUACAUGUUGGAUAACCCCAUACACACCAUAGAUUGUUCACAUAAAGGAUCUUUUCUUGAUGGUCUACGAUCUGCUGUUCGUCGAGCAGGCUGUGAUGGCAAGACCACCACCAUUAUGAUUAAGGAUACAGAGAUAUCUGAUGAUUGCUAUCUUGAUGCUAUUAACAGUUUAUUGAUCAGCGGAGAAUACCCACCUUUGUUUUCAGAAGAGGAGACCCUCAGUCUCAUACAGGCCUUGAUGCCAUCGAUCAAAAGAAAAUUUUCAAGUUUCCUCACGGAUCCAAUGAAGUUCUUCUUGAGCAGAGUAAAAAGGAAUCUUCAUAUCAUUUUGUGUUUUCAGCCAAGUCAUAAGAUUCUUGUAUCUACUCCAUGCCAGUUUCCUGGUAUCCUGUCUAAAUGUCAUGUGAAUUGGGUGAAGUAUUGGGGUGAAGAAUCAUUAGUUGGCAAAGCAAGACAUUUCCUCGAAAAACACAGCAUCCUUCAAGAUGAACAAUCCAUUGUUUUAAGACCCAAUGUUCUGUUGUGCCUUGCUUCCAUACACGAGUAUGUUCUUCGAGAUUGCAAUCAUAUACCAUGCACUCGGAAUUCACAAAACAUUCAAGAAACACAAGCAGAGAACAAAGAGAUGAAACUAGUGGAUAAUAGUUCCGAUAUCUCAUACUCGAGAAAUUUACUUAUGGAAAGAAUCGAUUUGACCAAUCGCCAGUGUAAUGCUAAGUUGCCAAACGAGGUUUUUGUUGGGCCGACUACAUUUGAAAGAUUUUUGCAUUGUUUCAUAAGUUUGUUGAAGAAAAAGGAGGGAGAAAUCAAAGAUUGUCUUAAUGAUUCAAGACUUGUUCAGAAUACACUAUCCGAAGCUCGCAGAGACGCGGACAAGUUGAAAGAGUAUAUAACUAAGACGAAAGCUGAAUUUGACGUAGCCAGUGAUGUGACAGCGAGCCUUCUGGAUCGGCUUACGGCAAAGUCGACUAUCGUUGAAAAACUGAAGGCGAAACUUGGAGUUGGUAGUGAAACCUUAAAAUCAUUUAUCACCUUCAUUGACAGUGAAAUGGAAGAAGAUAUUUCUUGUCAGUUGCUUGAUGAAGAGAAAGAUGAGCUAGACGAAGAAUUUGAAAGAAUACAGCGGGCAAAAAUGAAAAGUAAGAAAGCGAAAAUCUGCGAAGAAAUUGCAAAGGCCGAAGUAGAACGAGAAAGAUUGAAGAAAGAACUAAACGUCGCAGAGGAAAUGGUCGUAACUUGGCAAGAUCGUUUAGAUCGCACAUGUUGUGAAAGACUGAAAGCGAUACAAAACCCACCAACAAUGGUUGGUAUGGUGAUGUUGAUGACAAUGGCGCUACUUGGAAGAUCUGAAUUCUCACCUUACAGCACGACGCCAUAUUCCUCUACACGUCAUGACCGCAGGUCAUUUGAUGCAGCUGCUGUUGCUGAUGACACUUCAAGUUCAGGAGGUCAAAGUAAAAAGAAAACGAGGCUGGAGGCGCCACCAAACCGUGCUCAUACCCAGUCCUAUACUGGGAUCUCAAGUGAUGGCAAGAUGGAUCGUCAGACGUGGAAAGCAAUACAAACGAUAAUUAGUGACUCUCAGAAGUUUGCAGAUGCCUUGCAUGGCAUCAACUGGCGUGAAGGUCUUUCUGAUAGCAUUGUGAAUAGUAUUGAACCGUUCUUUGCAAAAAAUGAAAUGGGAGAACUCGGCAAAUCGUUGCAGCCUGUUCCCAGCAGAGGCACCUGCCUUCAUGGAAAGAGCUCGCCAAUUUCAGAGCGACGUCAUUCUCAUGGUAUUACAGUCGUAGCUGCAAGAUAUUCCUCUGAGGAUGCUGUGAUUCUUGUUGAGUUUGUGCUCUCAUUACUUCAUUACACGAAGAAGUACAGGCCUUAUCGUAAGGUGCUUGAUUAUUUACACGAACUUCGUAGAGAACAGGAAGAGAAUGAGAAGAUUGGAGAGGAAGAGCAGCUUGGCGAACAAGACUUACUAGAAGAAAAGCCAGCAGAAAUUGACACGGAACCUGCAUUGACGGAAGAGGAUUUACCGAGAUUAGUGGAAGAACUAAAUCUAUUACAAGAUGAGUUUGACGAGGCUGUUAUGGUUAAAUAUGAUUUGCAAGACAAGGUGAACGCUUGUUCGGAGAGGUUAAAGGUAGCUCAAGAACUUUUACAACGAUUAAAAGAUUUUGAGGAAGAUUCGACGGCCUUUGUCAUGGAGUAUUCAUCGUCUGAGGUGCUUCUUUCAAAUUGCGUGUCUGCAGCUGCUUUCUUGACAUACUGCGGGCCCAUGGGUAUUGAUCAAAGGAAGAAAACGAUUUGUUAUUUCACUGAAGCAUGUGCAAAGCAUGGUUUGCCAAAAGAGUCAAAGAAAUUGUUUCAUGACUUGCCGUUGUGUGAAUAUCUAAACGACAAGUUUGAAUUAAAGCAGCUUCAACUGGCUACUGUUCCUUUUGAUCCGAUUUCUCUCGAUAUUAUGUGUUUGUUGCGUCAAGAAGAGAUAGCAAACGCAUGGACUUUGAUCUGUGACCCACAUCGUGUCGCACAAUUUUUAACCACAACAGCUAGUGAAGUGACUAUCGUAAAAUUCAAGGAGAUUCGUAGUCAUCUGGAAACGUGUUUAAUCGAAGGGACACCGUUGUUGGUAGUUGAUGUAAAUCUUGCAGAACUAGUUAAUGAUGACAGAUUUUAUUAUGUCUUAAGGAGUAUGCCUACUUUCUUAACGGCCACGAAUCCAUUUAAGUUAUUAGUUGGCGAGCAUGAAAUUGAAUGUCAGCCAUCAUUCAGAUUAUUCAUGUCGACGACAUCUUCAGCAUAUUCUGUACCUCAUGAACUGAGUGCAUUCGUGAACGUGGUUGAAAUGUGCAUGUCACGUGAUGGCCUUGAAGAGAUGUUCCUCGAUAGAUUCAUGGCAUUAGAGAAAUCUCGAAUACAAGAUUCCUGGCAGCAGGCUGUUUCGGAUUUAGUUCGCUUACUGAAAGGGAAAAAAGAUUCGAAGAAAAAAUUUCUUGAAGAGUUAUUGAAGAACAAGCAAUUUAUUCAUGAUCUCGUCACCAUGAAGAAGAUCUCGUCCAUUCGAAGAAAUUUUGAAGAAAUCAUAGAAAGUAUACAUAGAGCAGAGCAAACUGAGGCUGCGUUUCUUCACUCACGUGAGGCAUAUCGACCAAUCGCACGCCGUGCUGCCGUAUUAUUUGACGUCGCGCGUCAUAUGGGCGAAGUAAACAAUAAAUACACUUUGUCUUUUGCUCAUUUUCUGAAGGUUUUUGACGCUGCUAUCCAGCAAUCGGAAAGAACUUCUGUUAAAGCAGUGGCCGAAAGAGUCGGACAAAGUGUAUUCUUUUUUGUCGCACAAGGUUUCAUGGAAAGAGAUCGAAUGCUUUUCGCCCUGCUAUGUGCAAUCGAGGUUGAAGAUUCGUUUGGUCGAGUAUCACCUGGUGAUCGUGAAUUCCUCAUCUAUCCUGCAUAUGGAUCUGCCGUGAGAAAUGCUUUUAAUCACAAUGAGCUGAUUACGUCACACAUGAAACUCUCUAAUGCCAAGAAGCCUUUUGAUUGGAUGACGGAUGAGCAAUAUAAUGGACUACAGUUGUUAGCGCAGUCAUUUGAUUGGUUUCAAGAGUCAUUUGAGAAAAUGAAUAAAGAUGGUCGGGAAUCGCAUUGGCGGCAGAUUAGUGAACACGAAACGCCGGAAAUAGUCGCUUUACCUGAUAACCUGGACGAGAAGUUAACUCCAAUACAAAGAUUUAUGAUUGUACGAGCCAUUCGACCUGAUCGUCUUAUUCCUAUAUCCCGCUCUUUCAUAAUACAAAGCCUGGGAAAAAGGUAUGCAUCAGAUGUUCCUUUAGAUCUCGGCCUUGUUCAUCGUCAAAGUGAUUGUCGGACUCCAGUGUUGUUGCUGUUUGACGAGGAAUCUUUUGUUAUCGAAUUACUAGUACGAGAUAUAGCAGGAAAAAAACAGAUCAACUUAUCUGUCGCCCAUUUAUCAACUGGUAGCUCCAGUGAGGAAAGAAAUAUCAGGAAAACGUUGCAUAAAUCAAUGAUUGACGGUUCGUGGCUUUUGCUACUUAAUGGUCAUAACAUGCCUAGACUUAUGGACAUGCUCGACUCCCUUGUCAUGACAGUAGAAGACAAACAAAUCGAUAGUAACUUUAGACUAUGGGUAUCUGCUAAGAUUUCAAUUUGUCAUUUGCCAUGUUAUCUGUUGCAACAAUCGAUUAAAGUUUUUAUGGAUUCUCCUAAGAAUCUUCGUGAUAAUCUUGUACGUUCAAUGUCUCUGGUUGGCGUUGAUACCCUUGCUGUGAGCAGUCGAGCAGAGUGGCCAGCACUUCUUCAUAAUGUUGCUCUUCUUCAUAAUGUGAUUCGUUUAAGAAAUCAUUAUCUUUUAGUGGGCUGGAACCAGCCAAAUAUGAUCAAUCCGGGAGCACUGGAGUUUUGUGAGGCAGUGAACGUCGCAGUGAAGGAAUUCUCGGAAUACAACAUGAAUGAACGAACUAGCCCACCGACCUCUGGAAAACAAAUACAGUGGGCUUUGUUGAGAUGUGUAUUGUCGGAGACGGUCUAUGGAAAUUGUAUUUUCGAUGAAUUUGACCAACAUUCUUUAAAUGCAUUGAUUGAUUUCUGGAUCAGUCCCGCUGCGGUGAAAAAGGAAUUUGAGGCAUCCAAAUUGAAGUACAGACUGCCGUCUUUGUUGUUCUCGGGUAAUGUCCGUCUACAGUCGUUGAUUCAAUCACUGGAAUCUUUACCUCGUAAUACAAUGGACGUACCUGAAGCAUGUGGAUUACAUUCUUCAUCAGAAACAAUCGUAUCGGAUGAUCAGUAUGUUUUCACUCGUAUGAACUUCAUAUACGAUCGAAUGGCAGCCACUAGGACGCUUACCCACGCCUGUGUAGAGUCGGACUUUUACACGCCCAACAAGGGUAUUGUUGUGGUCAGUGGCCAAUCUCAUUUGCCUGGUGCAAGCGUCAUUGGCAUCCAAAUGGCUGGUGUGUUUGCUAGCGCAAGUCUAUGGGCCUUGCGUCUGAGAAAAGAUGUGGACAUUUUCGAUAUAUGCUCUACAGCCCUUAGUAAAACUCCGAAGCCGUGGAGUAAGGACUCCAUCAACGAGAGGCUCAAAAAGGGUGGUGUCACAUCAUUCGUUCUGUUCGUACUCUCUGAAGUUGAACAGAUGCAGAAGUUGGUUCAUACCAUCAGAGAAGAUCUUCAGAUUAUCAAAUCAGCAAUUAGUGAUGGCAUUCAAGGUGACGUCGUACCCUUAGAUGUUAUUGAGGUUGCAGCUUCUUUGUACAACCAACGCAUACCCUCACGAUGGCUUAAGAUGGCUGGAAGAUCGUCACCUCCCAGUUCAUGGAGUUUGGUCGCCUGGCUGAUAGAUUUACAGAACAGACAUGCACAUAUAGAACGUGUUGUGACUCAGGGACGUGAUCGACUCCCAGCUUAUUGGCUUGGUGCCUUCUUCAAUCCAAAACGACUGCUGGAUAUUGUUAAGCAAGAGUCUAUUCGAAACUUUGAAAAUACAGGUCGAUCAGCAGUUACGGAGUUGUUCGUUAUGCACACGGACAUCACAGGCCGAGAUAAAGAUCACCUUCGUGAGCCACCGCUUGAAGGGAUUUUUGUCUACGGUUUGUACAUUUGGGGCUGUGCAUGGGAGAAAACUACUGGAGAUCUCAUCGAUACGCCCCCUAAAGUAGGACUAACACCCCUACCUGUCGUCCAUUUUACGGCAAUACCUCAGUCAGAGAAGCUAUCCUUCAAUGAUCCUCACAAAGCAGCUGUCUCUUACGCCUGUCCAUGUUAUCCAUCUCGGAUCUGUCCACGAGAACCCAUAGUCACUUUAGAUAUUGAUAACAAGGAUGUUCCAAGUAGCCGUUGGCCCUUACGAGGAUUAUGUGCUACCUGAGACCCUUUUGAUACGCAGUUGUGCACUUGAUGUUGUUUUAAUGUUUUCAUCAUUCCACGAAUUUUUUUAAAACGUCAUGACGAGACAUUGUUUUGCAUUGUCUCUUUUGUCUGAAGGACAAACUUUUUUAGAUGUAUAAUAUUGUAUCUUAUGUACAUUUUAGUGUAUUGAUUGCAUUAUCUGUUCAUAUAAGGUUAGAAAACUUGUUAACGUCGUUAUGAAAGUUAUAAACAUUGUGAUGUUGGUGUUCUAUUUUAGAGCUGAUCUCAAGAUGAAACUGGUAUUGCAUUGAUGAACGCACCACGUUUCUCAAGCUUUUGUUUACAUUUCUGCGAAAUAGUUAUAGGACACAAUACCGUGUUCUGCCUAGCAAUUUGCUUUAGGCCUUUCGAUUGCCGUGUAUUAUGAGCAUUGUCAACUAAUAUUGGAGAUGUGAAGUGAUAUAGAAACAUGAAGCAUUUUUGUGUUUGAUAUGAAGGAAUCGAUCGUCCUCCGUUGGUUGACAUGGGUAAAAUAACUUGUCAACGUCCAACUGUGUUUAAUUUAUUGAUUACAAUUAAAGGAAGAUGAAUGUUUUGCUGUUUACUGUCGAUUUAAGAAGUGAUGAAGAGAAAAGUUAUCCAUCAUAUUACCACAAAUGGAAAUGAUAUGAUUCUUCUCUUAUUGAAUAAAGUUUAUUUGUGAAAUGUA